GUACAAGAGUGUACAGUCCUCCUGAAUGGAUAAAACACCAUCGGUACCAUGGUAAAUCAGCAACAGUGUGGUCACUGGGAAUUUUAUUAUUUGACUUAGUUUGUGGAGAUAUUCCAUUUGAACAAGAUGAACAAAUCAUGAAAGCAGAAGUAUCAUUUAGGGGAAGAUUAUCACAUGAUGUGAAAGACUUAAUAAAAAAGUGUUUAGCAAUUCGUCCAUCUGAUAGGCCAUCUUUUGAAGACAUUUUAAAUCAUUCAUGUUUAGCAACUCCACAGUUGCCAGUUGAGAAACUUAGUUUACAUGGAAAUAAUAACAAUAGUUCUUGCCAGCAUGGAAAUUCUGUAGACACUGUUUCAAUGAGUAGCCAAGAAAGUGUGUGA